UGGCGCCCACGGUGACCGUCUCCCCAGCCAAGAGAGAGGCUCUCAACCACCACAACCUGCUGGUGUGCUCGGUGACGGACUUCUAUCCAAGCCAGGUCAAAGUUCGGUGGUUCCGGAACGACCAGGAGGAGACAGGCGAUGCCGUGUCCGCCACCCCCCUUAUUAGGAACGGGGACUGGACCUACCAGAUCCUGGUGAUGCUGGAAAUGACCCCCCAGCGAGGAGACGUCUACACCUGCCACGUGGAGCACCCCAGCCUCCAGAGCCCCGUAACAGUGCAGUGGCGGGCACAGUCUGAAUCUGCCAGGAGCAAGAUGCUGAGUGGCGUCGGGGGCUUGAUGCUGGGGCUGAUCUUCCUCGGGCUGGGCCUUGUCAUCCGUCACAGGAAACAGAAGGGGCUCCUGCGCUGACUCCUGUCAGUACUUUGACUGGAAAUGGCUGUGUUUCUCCUGAAGUGCCUGCUUGUCCUCACCCAGAAUUCCAGCUGCCUGGCAGCCUGUCCCCUGAGAUCUGAGCUCUACAGUGACUCUGAUUCAGUUGGCUGUCAUCCCCUGUGACCCCCACA